GUGUGCGCCUGGAUCACGGCUCCAUCCAGCGGAGCUCCCGGUGAAGAAGUGCAGCGGGGAGACGAUGAAAAGCGAAGCGAUGGAGCUACGACAGGAGUGAGAGCCACACACAGGGAAGCGGGCACAGGCUCCAGGCUCAACUGAGGAACAGAGAGAAAAGGGAGCGUGAGGACCGAAGAAAAAACGUAAAGUUGUGGUUUCUGACCCCAUGUCUGCCCCUGCUCAAGCCAAUCGGAGGUCUGGGUCUGGCUCACGCCGGUUUGACUACUGCAGGUUCAUAGAGCUAGACUACGUUCCCAUGGAGACAGGCUAUAUGGUCUCAAUGCGUCCGACUAAAGGCUCUCCAUCGACCAAGUCUCCAAGUAAAGGAUACACCUCCACCAAGUCUCCGGACCGCCACAACCGUUCCACAAACUCUCCCUCCACCCCUCGUUCUCGGCGGACUCCGGCCACACCCAGUAAUAGAGAUCCCUAUGGCAACGCCUCCUUCAGCAGCAGCAGCAACUCAGGCUCUUGUAAAGGCAGCGACUGCAGCCCCACCAAAGGACGUCACCAGAAGUACACUUCAUGUACAGACAACCAUGGUAUUCGGCCACCUCCACCAGAGCAGUACCUCACACCCCUACAGCAGAAGGAGGUGUGUAUCCGACACCUGCGGUCCAGGCUAAAGGAAACCAUGACCACACUGCAAGACAGGGACACAGAGAUAGAUUCGCUGAGAGGCCAGCUUUACAGGAUGCAGGAAGACUGGGUUGAGGAGGAAUGUCACCGUGUAGAGGCUCAGCUGGCCCUGAAGGAGGCGCGUCAGGAGAUCCAGCAGCUCAAACAGGCUGUGGACACUGUCCGGUUGAGGCUCAGUGAUGCAGGAGGAUCCAGUGGGGACAUAGGGGUCCAGAAGUACUUCCAGGACAUUAACACUCAGAACCACAAGCUCGAGAACCUUUUGCUCAAUAUGGAAUUAGCCCAGGCUGGAUUAGCCAAAGAGGGGGAGGUCUUACCAGGCUAUCGAACCCGUGUUGGGGGUUCCGCGCCAGCAUCAGUAUCUGGGGAGAGUCCUGGGGGAAUACCCAAACCUGGAAUAGGAGGCAGGGGGUCUUGCUCCUGCGAUGGUUCCCCAGCGCGUUCUCUGACCCGGAGCUCCACCUACACUAAGCUCACUGAUCAGGCAGACCAGAAUGGCAAUGGACAUGACUUCCCUUGUUUGUCAGGUGACGGCACCCAGGACAGUGGCUUUGUGUGCUGUGGGGAGAGCAGCAUUCCCAGCCGGGCCGAUUUGCUGCUGGAGGCUGCCUUUCUCUCUGAGGAAACAGCAGCACUACUCAACUCCUACACACAAACCUUCUCCCAGUCUCUGCCCAACUAUAUGCCCAACUCUCUGCCCAACUCUCUGCCCAACUCUCUGCCCAACUCUCUGCCUCACACCUACGCCCAUACCUUACCUCGUUCUUUCCCUCGCAAUUUGUCCCACUCUGUUCCCCACACUAUGCCACACUCGUCCACCUACGAGAAGCUGUGCACAAGUGAACGGAUUAUGCCCUUUCGUUGUGGCCUGGGUGAAGUGGGCUGUAUGAGCCACCCCUGCCUGUCCCACCACCACCUGUACCUGCAUCCCCUUCGAGAAAUGGGCAUUCAGACUGAAAGUUGCCCCAUCCCUGCUACAGCAGGUUACCCCUCUGAUCUAGAUACCAUUGCAGAGCAACGCACUUUUCGCUCUCAGGCCUGCAGCCCUACCUCCAACUGGAUGUCUGAUGAGGGGGAGGAGGACCUAGACUCCAUCACCACCACAACUUCAGUGACCACGGCGACUUUAAUGAGUACGGCAACAGAGCCAAUCCCAGCCUCCAAAACAACAUUGGUCCCUCCUUUACCACGGUCUGCUACUAUGGCAUUCACAUUCGAGAGACCUUCAUGUGUGGGGAAGGAGGGAGUGGAGGAAGAGGAAAAGCAGGAGAUGGAAAAGAGAGAGAAGGCAACAUAUGCAAAUGCUGAAUCAACAGAGAUGCAUAAUUACACAACAGUGAUCAAGCUGGAGGAUGAUGUGAAUCAGAGGCAGGGCGCAGUAGGAGGAACUGAGGUUGAAAGGCAAGGUGCAGUGGAGGAGGCGGAAUCAGAAAAACUGUGUGACUUAUCAGAAACAUCAUCAGGGAUGCACGAUGAGCUUAAAUUUGCAGGAUGUUGUGGAGAGAGCAGGCAGAAUGGAACAACAAAGAAAAACCUCACCGCGGAAGAAGUAGGUCUAUCAGCAGGAUCAACUCAAGUCGAGACAGCACAGCUGAGUCCAAGUCAGUCAGAAUUAUCAGCAGGCGUAGAGCUGCCACAUACCUCCCAGCCGAGGAGAUCUGCUUCCCAUGAGGAGAUAGCUGGCAUCACUGUCGUAGAGGUUAACGAUGAGGAUGAAGACGAGGAUAAAACUAAAGAACAAGUCACAGCAGAGGGGGCCGCAGCAGAGGAGGAACAUUCGUCUGACUCCGAGACAAUUGAGAAAAGCUACUGGAGUCGUCACUUCCUAGUUGAUCUGUUAGCAGUGGCCAUCCCAGUGGUACCAACAGUGGCAUGGCUGUGCCGCGGUCCAGUCCGUGACAGACUGCCCAUGUAUCAUAUAGGGUCACUGCUGCGAGGCUGUUGCACUGUGGCACUGCACUCGCUGCGCAGGGGAGGUGGAUUGAGGCAUUACCCCGCAGGCGGGGGAGAUUUGGGUGGAUCCCAGAUAUGAGGGGAGAAUACGUCCAGCACUUCUAUGGUCAUUAAAUGUAGCCCCUCUCGUAUGGGUCUGGGUCCUUAGCUUGAUGCAAAAUAUGUUCUAGGAGAAGAAGAGAAAGUCCUACAUUUCUUAACAAGUGUUAAGCUGAGGGAAGCAGCAGGAACAGGAAACAUGCAUUCAUGACUUUGAUCUCUGACCUUUAAUCUGUUGUGUGUGGUCUUAUUGUCUCUCGCCCACUUGUUCCUGCUGUUGCUAACAAUAUGUCUGCUAACACUACUGACUUGUGCAAAACUGAAUGAGCUGACUUAAAUGAAUGAUUAAUGCUUGGAUGUUUGCUCUGAAUGUUUUGUUUUUAUGUGCAGGGAAAAUGUUAAAGCCAACCUAUUAAUCUGACUCACAUUUGGCAUGUUAAAUUAUCAUGUGUAGAUGAGUGAGAACAUGAAAUGUGGUAUGUGUGUGUACAUGAUAUAUGUAUGUGCACACGUGUAACCAAAAAGUCUUCUUCAAAUAGAAUCCACCCUAAUUCAGAAUCCACACAUUUCCCAAAUGUUUUGGGUUCUCUUUUGAGUCUUAACGUCAUCAACUGACCAAGAAUAAUAAUGCAGACACAGAGCUCAAGUUGAUUCUAAAAAGGUAGAAAUACAUUGAACAAAGUAAGGCUGCCAAAUACCACAAAGGCAGUUUACUGCUGAUUCCACCAUUGUUCCCAUUCCAACUCUGAGUACUGGGCUGUUUUUUUCGUUAUUGUGGUUUUGUACUGGUGGUCAUUCAUUUGGUUUCAUUUGAACUAGUUUCUCACUAAGGGCUAAAGCCUGAGUAGUGAUGAACUCCCCUUGAUAAACUGUAUGGAGUUCAUAGGAAGCUGCAGCCAGCAGGCAUUAGCUUAGCUUUGCAUGCAGACUGAAAGAAUGAAGGCAUGGCUAACCUCAGCAGCCUGAGGAACCUGAACCCCACAAGUUCAAUUUAUAGGACGUUAAGUGAAUAAAGUCUAACUUGUUAGUAAAAUUUAGAGUUGCUAGAACUUUGGACACAUUUCCAAACUAUAGUUCUGUACUUAAUGUUGUGACUGCGUACAUAGCCAAGACCGAGUUGGAGCUUUGACAAAAAAACUGAAACAGAUUGUCAGUGCAGAUCAGGAUAAUUAAAGAAUUGAAUAAGCCAUUGAAAUCAAUUGUUUGAUCUUAUUGGCCAAAUGAUGAUUUGAUAGAAAGACAGAAAGCAGACAAUCACUUCCUUUUGGUUUUAUAUUCCUAUUCCCAAGGGACACAUUAAUAUUCUUUCUUUCAAUAGGAUUUUGCAAUAUAAUCGAAACUUAAUGAAUAGGAGCUUCAACCACAGCCAACAUAUAUCAAACUCCCCAACGCAUAGUGAGCCAUUAAAGAGCAGUUAGACAUUUCGGGGGAAAUGUGCGUACUAUAGCUUUCUUGCGCAAAGUGAUUGAUAUCAUAUCCCCAAGCUAGCAGCUGGUUACGAGCUUAGCUUAGUUUAUUUUAGCUUCGUUUAGCAUAACGGCAGGUAGCAGAGGGAAUCAGCUAACCUGGCUCGGCUGUACAGCUCACUAAAGCUGAGUUCAGACAUUUUCUGACACACAUUAGUCUUUCACUUAUGAACAAAGAAGUAGGAGAUUCUCUGGUCAGACGUGUUCAUAGCAACACAAAAUCUUCCUGGACUGUUAGACUGAGGGGUGGUGGAGCAGGCAGAAGCAGGACGUAAAAUAUUAAUUCCACAGCAGAGAUCACAACUUUUUGUUUACAGCACAUCAACACCGACGUGGCCCUCAUCACCAAAAGAUCUCAAAUUUGGUUGACUUUUCAAAUUGACAUCAUUGUAGGCAUCUUCUACGUAUUGCACCUCUUUUUCAUCCUGAGAUUUUUGUGUCUUCUCGUCUGCUGUGAAUCCUCUGGACAAUCUUCUGCUUAUCGCAUGGGCUCACUUUGGAAUCAUAAAGACUUUUUCCAUAAACCAUAAAUUAUGGUUUUACACUGUGUAGUGUGCUGGAACGAUUUAGCAACACCCCUCUUUGUUUUGUUUGUUUGUGUUCAUUUUAAAAGCCUUUCUAAAUUAAAUGAUGACUAUUUAGGUUUAAUACUGUUCUAUAAUAAUCUGGCUCUAGAAACAGUCAACUCAAUGUCGAGUGUAUUAGAACAGAUGAGAGAGCUCUCAGGGUUUCCAAUACAAUAUGUCAAUAGGGAAAUAUUUGUUGUUUCCAACUAACUGAUGAGGCCUCCACCAUGAGACAAGCCAGGUGUGUUUGUUCUGAAGGGAUGUUUCAGGUAAGCGGACUUCCUGUGUAGAUUCUGGGGGUGGAGCCACAGGGAGCAGUAGGAGGGGAUUUUCCACAGGCUUUUGUCUGUGGGAUAGAAUACUGAAAACAACAGGGACAUUAUGUUUUAGAGUGGAAUUUUGCCAGUCCUACGUCAUAUGAUUGAUCCUCAUACCCUGUAUCUUGCAUCUGAAGCAAACAUAAAAUAUUAUCAACUAAUCUGGUUGAACAGGAGAACUCAUGUAACAUCAGACAUCUGUUUGUAGUUACUCACUGGCCCAGUGUGACACUUUGAUGUAAAUCUGAAUGAAGUGAGUCGUGCUCAGUCCAUGCGCUGUAUAUUUCUGCUUACUUUAAUGCGUCUGUGGUGUAGUUUAACCGUCACUCUGGUCGUGUGUAUUUCAAGUCCACUGUGCAAGCAUUUCUAGACACAACACCACAUGUUACAUGACACUCACUAUGUGAUAUAAUAAUAAGGUAUCUGGCUUUGGGCUUACAUUUGGGAUCAGGGUGUGAUCUUUUGUGUGAAUGUGCGUUUUAUGAGAGGACUUCGAUGAAAGUGACAUGUCGAUUUGCUGCUGUUCUGCAGAUGUUGGAUUUUAAAUGUAACAAGGGCACGUGAGUGACUCUGAAAGAAGAAAACUCGGCCAACUGUCAGAGACCCUUGAGCCAACUGUGGAUCGCUCAAAAAACAACUGGACACAAACCUGCAAAAAUAGCCCAACACCAACUGAACUGAAUAAACAGUGCGAAUCAUGUUUUUUUUGUUUUGGUUAUUUUUAACAAUUUGGUUGGCAUAUUUGCACUAGUGUUCACUUAAAGAAUUUUCAGCUAUUACUUGAAUUUGAGAUUGUUUGGAAGUGUUGUGUGUCCACUGAGUUCAGAUAAAAUUUUCUUUUGGUCUGUUGCGUCAAUCAAGUUUAACACAGUGCUGUUGGUGAUUGUGGCAAAAAAAAUCCGCAGGAAAUUUCAUAUAUGAAAAUGCAGAUAUUUCAGGUACAAAAUUGUAUCAAACACGUGUGAAUACUGCAAACCAGUUUCCUUUCAUCUGUGAGAGGGGCCUUUGGUCUGAGCUCUACAUGUACAGUGUCUACAGGUCACAGCAGCUCUCCAAAACAUUUAAGUCUAAAUGCUGUUUUUAAAAUCCCAAACAGGCAGAGAAUGAGCAGUGUUUAUGAUAACUGGUCAAAAAGGUGUGAUUGUCAGACAUCAGUGACAAUCAUGACGAGCCAUGAAAAGGUGGAGUGGAUGCCUGGAGGUACAGGACUGCCUCCUCCCCCCCCCCAUCCCCGUCACACUUCACCCACCACCUCUCCGCUGUCAGUGACACGCGUCUUGGCUGAAGUGGAUUAGCAAUCGAUAGAGAAAUGUCAUGUUUUACAAAAAGCCAUACAAGCCUGUGAGUGAGCAGGUGUGAGAAUGUGAUCGUUAAUCUCAAUAUUAAUGUACUGUGUAAAGAAAUGAUGACUCAUGAGAGUGAUGGCGAGUGUAUGCCUGCACUGUACUGUGGUUUGAGUCUGGUGUGUCACCGAACACAGGCUGUGGGAACAGAACCAGGGUGUCAGAGCAGAGGGUGGAUGUGGUGAACUCGUGAUGCUGUGUUUUGAGGUUCAGGAGUUCAGGUUUGUUGUGGGAAGCAGCGAUCAACUCAGCACUGUUAAUUUACCUCUAUGCACAGCUGCAUUAUGUGGUCAUGUGUCUGAUAAGUUUAUUCUCUCAAAGCUCUUAUUGUAAAGUUGUGAGACGAGUGAUGACCAAGAAGUUGGAUUUCUAGUGUUUCACAAAGACCCGAAAGUCCUAAAAGUUUUUUAUUUUAUUUUGUGCGGUAUAUUAUCUUGUUUGAACGAGUUAAGCUCAGUGUCUCCUGCACACAGGCUCUUGUGGAACUAGAAUUUCUAAAGGAUCUUGUACAUAGGAGUUAUUAUAGUUUCACAAGAUGCAACUAGUGUGCAUGAGACCACAAGACUAUAAAUUAUAAAUAUAUAUUAAUCAACACAGACCUUGAGCUUUUUUGCACAUAUUAUCAUUUUUGCACAUGUUAUAUUGUUGUUAUUAUCACAAGUUUUUAUCUUGUUUGCAUAUGAUAUUAUCUUUUACUAACUUAUUGGCAAAAAUAUAUCAUCUCACAUUAUGUGCUUAUCUUCUGCAUAUUAAUAAAAUAAUAAUAAACUUUAUUUGCAUAGCCCAAUUCAUAUAGAAGCUCUUUACAUUUGAGUUAUUAAAAAGAAGGAAUAUAAAAGUCAAAUGCAAUGCAAAUUGGACAUGGUAAAACUGUGAUAAAGGGGGAAAAACAUUUCAAUUCAGCAGUUUGAUGGAUUAUUGGAUGAUAGUGAAUCUUCUCUGAUCUCUAUGUAUCUUAUACACACACAUUUAUCUUGUUCAGACACGCUGGUGACACGCUUGGACAAAAGUUGUCACAAGUCAUCUUUUAAUAAAUUGUUCACAAGUUACACACAAUCUUUUUUAACUUUCCCUAGAAAAUAAACAUGACAUUGUUCACAAGUUAAUAUCUUCCACACAAUAUGGAUCAUAGACAUACAAGUUACGCACAGGUUAUUAUUAAAACUCUACUUAUCUUGAAUUUCCAUUUAAGAUAGUAACAAGUGUACGCAAAUUAUUAUCCUGCAAAGACUAAAUCAAUAUUUUUUUAAUGGGACUUUGGGGACUUUGUAUUCAUUAGCUUGUUGUCUUUGAUUUAAUAUGUUUUCAAUGUUUAGAGAGGCCUGUAUUAAACCUGCAUGACUUCACUUACUCGAGCAGGUUUGGUGACAGUCACAUCUUAAAUCUCCUACAUCUAGCUGAUUAACAUUCAUCACCAUGGGCUUCAGCGGUCUUCUUUGGGAUUCUGACAGUCCGGUAAUGUUAAAUGUUGGAGUCCCAGCACAGGCUUCAGACUCAUCGGGAUGUGACUGAAACGUUUCCUCCAAUCAAUCUUGACCAUACAGCACUUUAUCAAAAGAUCCUUGUAACGCAGGGUAGGCCAUUUGGCUGUCCCUCACUGUACCUCUACAGUGACCCCUCUCUGUCCCAUAAUACACCUGAACUUCCUGCUGUUGUGUGAGGUUGUGUCAGUGUACAAUGUGAGGCAGUGACUGGUUGAUAUAUACUACGUAUAUCCUUAGACAUACAUAAUGCUGAAUAUUUCCUGGGGACAACAGGAGGAGGUGGGAGGGGAGUUUGCCUUUUUUUUUGUUGUCAAUAUCUGAACAUGUGAUGUCAUUUUAUGCUUUAUUCCUUGUCUGAUUGUCUGAAUAUAUGUUCCAUAGACUAUGUUACGAAAAUUAAUGUAUACAGAGUUUAUAUCCAGUCUUUUAACAUUCUGCCAUUGAGGGCAUUCAAUGCCUUGUUUAGUCAAUCAGCUGACAUCAUAAGUAUCUACAGAUAAUGUGUUGUAAAUUAACUAUUUUAAUGGCAAUAGUAGUGUGUACAGUAUAAUACAUUAGUAGACUACUCCAUUCACACUCCCACCACACUGUGUAAAGAAAGAGCAGAAGCCCCUAUAUUAAACAGCAUGGAGGAAAUGUUUUUGUCGUCUUUGUCUCUGGAUGUUUAUUUUGCUUGAUGUUGUGUUACGUGUACAUGAGGCGAAUGGGGGAAACAAACCCCAACCAGUUAAUGUGAACGGAAGGAGUUUUUAUUUGUUUUACAAUAUUAUCUUGGUUACAUUCGUAUAUAAACUUUUUUUUUUUACAGAAUGACAGUAAUGUUGAUCAGAUUACAUACCUAGAAAAUUAAAGGAAAUACAUGCAUCCAAACAUGAACAGCAUUAAAAGGAGCGACUCUAUAUAUAACAAGUAGAAAUCACGGCGAGCUCUGCUCAGUCUCACUGUGCUCAUCAGCAGAGGAAGGAAUUUAAACUGAGCAGAUGAUUUUUCAGCAUAAUAUUUUUUCUGCAGUUAACAAGUUUGUUUUCAUGAAUUCUCUCAUUAACAUGAGGCACCAUGAACAUGACCAUUGAACUUGAAAUGGAUACAGGAAAAUCAACCUCUUAAAAAGGUAGUGGAAAGUGCACUUAGUGGGUCUGCCCAGCGCGGACCCUGUCCAAACAAAUACCAAAGACUCCCUCGAAAGUAACACAAGACGAACACCCACACACUGCACCAGGAUCUGGUCUGACUGUGCUGCUUGUGUGUUUAUGGACAGGGCCGAGUCCAAGCUGCAUAUGACAACAAACAUGUACUGUUGCCCAUCUCCCUACACUUUCCCCUGGAAUGUGCACACGCUGUUCCCAGUACCGAAUCGCCAAACACAUCAGUCAUCGUAACGUUUGCCCUCAGAGACAGGAAGUGGGAUGCCAUGAUUCAUCGCCAUCUCAUUGAGGAGCUGGGAAUUCCCACAUUGUAUCUCUCACUUACUGUACAUGUUAGAAUCUAGGGUCUAUAAAUGUUAGGUGUCAAGUAGAAGGAACAAAAUAAUAAAAACAUGAUCUUGGUGCUGAAAAUCAACACUAAUAAUCACCAUUAUAUGGUUUAAACUAAAAUCGACAAAUUUGUUAAAAUCAAUUAGUUUUACUGGCAAGUAAAAACGACCAUACACUGGGGUCUGUUACAAAGUCAGCCAACGUUUUCACAUGAGGUCCCGGGUGUUAGUUCAGCUAUACACAUAUAGGGGCCAAUUUUUAGGAAAGAAAGUGCAGCCGUGAUCUUUGUGGUUCUUUAGCUUUUAAUGACUGACCACUGGCUUCUACAGCAUUUUGACAAGGUGAAAAACAUAAUUUGCCAGUGAUUCAUCUCAACGCUGAGGAGGAAGCUCUGGACUCAUGAUCGUGUGCAUGGCUUCGAAAAUUGUUUUGUACUUGAUCUCAAAUACAAAAUAAGGGGAAAAUAAUACUCAGACUACAAGGUUAAUACAUAUAAAAAGUAAAAAUGUCAACAGAGGUGAGAGGGAUUGUUGAAAAGGUAAAAUAAUUGAGUAAACAACUGGAUAGUAAAAACAAAAAGGCAUUUUCAUGAUGUUAAGGAGGAGAAACGGGGAUUCUGAUGCAGGGGGUGAUUGGGUAUGAGACGGAGGGAGACAGGUAGAUAUGAAUAAAGAACAGAGAGAGCGAGAGAGAGAGAGAGAGAGAGAGAGAGAGAGAGAGAGAGAGAGAGAGAGAGAGAU